ACUAAUUAAAGGCCGAGCUGAUUAAAUGGCGGCAUCAUUAGCAGACAGCAGAUUCAGGUAAUCCUCAUGAGCUCAAAAACUCUCUCUGCUGCGAUAGAGAAAAAUAUUAGACGUCUCGGUCUGACUGACUUCCCCUGCGGAAAUGGCCCCUGGAGGCGGGCCAAAAAUGGUCCAGAUGAAGCGGAAACAGAGUCACCAGAUGUCCUGCUGGACCUGCUGAGGUACCCUCGCUCUCCAUGGAUGUACAGUGAGACCUGGAGCCCUCAAGCUUCAGAGCUGAGAGAGCUGGCUGUGAAAGAACCGAAGCGCCUCAGCAAGAAUUUCAUACUGAACUACUUUACAACAAUACGGAUCACUGGCAAAAAUGUCUCAUCUAUUGACAAAGGCUUGUUGAAGUUCUCAAAGCUGGAGGAACUUGUCCUGAGCGGCAACUUGAUCUCAGAAAUUCCUGCGAAGCAUCUUCCCAGCACGUUGAAGAUUUUGGAGCUGCGUGCAAAUCGAUUGUCUUCGCUGAGCGACCUCGCAAGCUGUCCGCCUCCUCAGCUGCAGUACCUGGGCCUCGGAUCAAACAGCCUGGGUUCCCAUCAAGACAUCUGCGAUCUUACAGGAAGACACUGGCCCCAUCUGGCGUGUUUGGACCUCAGCAACUGUAACUUCCAAGAGCAGCAAUUUCUGGUAGCCACCUUAGAAACUCUCCCAUGCCUCAAGACCCUGACGCUUAAGGGCAACCCCUUCACAAUGACGCCAUCGUAUCCAGGUUUCACUGUCGACAGCCUGCCGCAGAUCAGCUGCUUGGACUCCUCAUGGCUCACCACAGAGGAAAGGUAUAAUUUCUUCGGCUUGGCCAGGAUGAAUGAUCUGGUGGAGGACGUGGCAUCAGUCACACUGAGUCUGACCAGGCUGAGGGGAAUACCAGACCCACUGAUGCAUGUGGAUAAAAAGGCUGUUGAGUUUCCAAUUGUCACCUACAAAUACUUCAUCUCAUACCAGUUCUUUAGUCAUCCUACGCCUGGUUAUCAGGGAGAAGACGGUGAAUUUAAACUGGACACGUCGUCUCGUGUAGCAGAGGACAAGUCUGUCUGUCCAGACCCAGGAUCAGAUAGAAACACUGGGGAAAACGUGUCCAUCCCGGACACUGCCGUCCCCGCAGUCAAUGCUGAUGGAUCUGAACAACUGUCACUGUGCGCAACACCAAAACUGUCCUUUUCCGAGUGUGUGAACUUGAAUUACACACUGACAUACAGCAUCAGCUGCCUGGGAGGCCUGAAGAAAUUCUUUACUCAUGGACUUCGUCUCAACCUAAUGGAGGAAAAGACUCUAUCGUGGCCUGCGCCCUCUGAAGAAGCCCAGCAGGUCAAACCCAGCCCAGCUAAAGGGAAGAAAGACAAGAAAGAAGAGAAAGUUAAAACGCCUCCCAAACCUAAAAACAAAAAGAAAAAAGGUCCUCCAGAACUGGUCCACGAUCCACCUAUCAGAAAACUACUCAACUCAGUUCACAUCCCCAUGCAAAGCCUGGUCGAUGGGGGUCAAAGGGUCAAUACUGUCUGCGACUUUGGUCCGCUGCAGGUAGAGCCUCCACCGAAACAGGAGGAGGAAACUGACAAGAAAACGAAAGGAAACAAGAAAAAGGACAAGGAAGCAAAGCAGAAACAAAAUAAAAACGCCGAACCUCAGAAAAAUCCAAAAGGGAAGGGGAAAGACGCAAAGAAACGUGACACGGAUGAACACACAAUCCAGCCCGUCCCGGUCCCACCGGUACCGGUGACUGUGGAGCUGAGCGUGGAGCUGGAGAAAUGGAAGACGGCGUCUGAAGCUUUUCGUGUCGUAACGCAUGUAGAAAACAGCUAAAUCACAGAGCUGAGGUUGACAUGAAAGUAUUCAUGAAAAAAUAUGAAUGUGUUCUUCAAGCCAUGAGAACUUUACUUCAGUGGUAUGAAAUUAAAUGCACAGCUGACCAAUUUACACAGCAGCAUUUUCUCAGCAUGGUGUAAAAAAACAUCUACAUCAAUUUCCCUGUAGGAAGGAGUCAUGAUGCUGCCUUCACCGUGUAUCACCAUGGUGAUGUGAAUUCAGGGUGAUGUGCAGAGUAGUUCUCUAAUCCUAAUUAUAUUUUUUCACAAGUUCACCGUUUCCACAUCAGUGCUCUUUUGGCUGACCUGUCAGUUUACAUGAAUGUCUUGUUUGCAUCUGAGCCAUAAUUUAUUCUUUAAUGAUUUGAAAUAUCCAGACUUUAACAACCUUUUAUGACCCAACUCUGCUUUAAACUUUUCCACAACUCUAAUGUUCACAAACAGAAACCCUGGACUGAGAGAUUAAAUUACACACAGAAGAACUUUUCUGGAAAUUACUGGUUGCACUGAAUUUUAUUUAGGGGUACCAGCAGUAAGAAGGCUGAGACUUGAGGCACACUGUAAUUUGUGAAUUUUUAAAAACACUUCCUUGCGCUUCAUAGCCGAGCCCAUCCGAAAACAUUUACAAGGCUCUGCACUGCAAAAGAAAAGAGGGGAAAGAAAACACACAAAACCUUAUCAAGUGUUUUUGGUCUAGUUUCUAAUAUAAAUAUCUUGGUUCCGUCUUAUUUCAGGUGUACCAACUAAUAAACGUUCCAGCACAAAACAAUCAUUUAAGUAAUAUAUCAUUAUCAAUAUAAUUCCUUAAUAUUGAUGAAAAUUACUAGCACCACUGGCAGAUUAUUUCACUUAUAAGCUAGCACCUUUUCAUC